AUGAUUCAAUAUUCAUUGUAUGAUGCCAAUAAACCCGGUGUUAUAUUAAAAGCUGAGCUUCCUGUUUCGAAACAAGAGAAUAAGUACAUUUUUGAUUAUCCUUGUGAAGAUUCUGCUUCAUGUACUGACUAUUCUAUUCAGCUACCUCCUGGAAUCUACAAGUUUGAAUUGUAUGGUGCAUCAGGAGGAAGUUCCACCAAUGAAGUCUCUACCUAUCAUAAUGAAUCUGGUGAAUGUAUUCCUGAUAGUGUUGUUAAGCAAUUUAACGGAAACACAAAAUGCCUACCAUCUUUUGAUUACGGAGGUGCAGGUGGCUAUGUCAGCGGCCUUAUCACUAUCAAGAAAUCAACACAAAUAUAUGCCACUAUUGGGGGAAGCGGACAAUAUAUAGCUGGACAAGCAGAAAACAACUUUCUCAAGGAAAACAUGGUUCCUGGCGGAUAUGGUGGCGGAGGAAGCUCAUCAGGAGACAAAACUGGGACGGCAAGUGGUGGAGGGCAAACCGCUGUCAAAUUUUUGAAUAAUACCCUCUAUCAUCUCAUGAUUGUGAGCGGUGGUGGAGGAGGGUCUGAUAACAUCAAUGCUAAUGAUGGAAGAGGUGGAUCUGGUGGUAAUCUUGUUGCUCAAGGCUGGUGGACAGAAUCUCGUUACAACGGCCAAUACGUGGCUAAUUCGUCGUUCGGAUUUACUUUCGGAACUGGAGAAGCUGCACGAUUUGGUGCUUCAAAAAAUCCUAAUGGAGUCCAAAAUAUAUAUGGGUUAUAUGAUAAGUGCGGCACAGGAGGUGGUUGGUUCGGUGGAUUUGCAAGUCUGCAUUACAAUGGCGGUUGUGGAGGUGGUAGUUCUUGGGCUUUGACUAAAAAUGCCUAUAUACCAUCAGGUCCAAUUAAGUCCCACAAUGAGUAUUAUGAACUUAAUGAGUCAAGGGAAUAUUAUUUUGAUCGGAAUUCUGAAUAUUUGUUUUCUGAAGUCAAGCAUGUUCCUGGAAUAAGGAAUGGAAAUGGUCAACUAAUAAUUACUGUUGUUCAAUACAUUCAUUGGAAUAGCUGCGUUACGAAAUAUUAUUUAUUGAAUUAUUUUAUGAGCUUUGCUCUUUUUAUUAGUUAG